AUGGUCGCUCGUCCAACAGCAAGAUGCAGCAUAUGCUUUCUUUGGUUUUGCCUGCACAUCCAUGCCACGAAGGACAACUGGCAGCCUGCCUCUCGAGGGCGGUUCCCAUCCAUGGUGUCUGUCAAGGGUAGAGGCCGAUCGCAUGUCUGCUCCGGCGUGCUGAUCGGAAGCCGCUUCAUCAUCACGACGGCCAAUUGUGUGGAUGUUGUUGGACCAAAUCCCAUCGUGGCGGUGGGCGCGCGGGACAUCGACGAUGACAGGUGGGACGACGGCGUCGAGGAACUCAGAGUGGAGAGGGCGCACCGGCACCCUAACUGGACUGGAAGCAUUUAUGACGGCUACGACGUGGCACUGCUCCAACUGCCCCGGGGAAUCAUUGCGCCGAUGCCUCGAAUGGCCAACGAAAGCACCGCCCUGCACCCAAACACGAAGGUCCACAGCCUGGUCUUUGAGCAAAGCCUCGAGGCGGGGCUCUUCGUCGUGGUCAAUCCAGAGCUGUGCCCGAAUAUGGGGACCUUGAGCCCAGACAUGUUCUGCAUUUACUCAUCCACGUCAGGGGUGCAGCCAGGUUCUUCGGGGGGGCCAGUCCUGAUCCUCAAUGGCGCGUUGAAUUCGAACAGCGACGGCUUGGUAGACGAAAGCCAACAGCCCAGUAAAGACCUCCUUUUGGGCGUGGUCAGCUGCUCCAAUUUCUCGUCGCUUGAAGAGAGUGGAAUUGGAUGCACUGCGGUCAGCGCCUUCCGUCCCUGGAUCAAUUCCAUAGUAUCUCCACAGGUGGAUGCCAUUGACGACCCAACAAACAUUGCGGGGGUUGUGGUUUUCAUCUUUUUUCUAAUGGCUGCUGCAUUCUUUGGACCACAGGAAGCCGCUUUUCCUUUUCAGGUAAACAGUCGCUUACAAAGUUUAUUUGCAGGCUUGUGUAGCAGUUGCUUGUAUUGUGAACUAUUGUGUGCUUGGAGCAGUUGCUCGACAGUCAAUCCACGCCUGACUGAUGGUGAGCAUCCAAAUAUGUGUUGCGCGUGGCACAAGGGGACUCAGUGA